CCGUAGUAAAUUCCUUCCUCCUCUCUCCUUUUCCUUAUUUUGGCAACAUGGAUCCACGUAACAACUUUAUUGCGCUGUUUAGGAGUUAAUUCCGCUUUGUCUGGGAGUUAUCGACCUUUCUCCGGGUUCCUUCCCUCCUCUGGACACCAUGUUUACCAGCACCGGCUCUCGGGGUCUGUACAAGGCUCCUCUGUGUAAAGGCCUCCUGCUGGUUCUCAAUGGACUGACUGUGAUGCUCAUCCUGCUGCCACAGUACCAGGACAUGUUCGUGUACAGCCUGCAGGCUGUUGCACAUCAGCACCAGGUGUGGAGGCUGCUGUGCGGCAGAUUGAUCUGUCUGGACGUGAAGGACUCCUUCUGCAGCAGCCUGCUGAUUUACAACUUUCGAAUCUUUGAGAGGAGGUUUGGCACCAGGAAGUUUGCUUCCUUCCUGCUGGGCACUUGGGUUCUCUCUGCCCUAGUGGACUUCCUUCUGGCCCAUGCCUUCCAGUUCCUGUUCGAAUAUGAAGUGGAGGAACUACCAGCCGGACUGCUCGCUCCAGUCUUCUCUCUGUUUGUGCCUUUCUACCAGUCGAUCCCCAGAAUGCCAGUCACUCAGGUCCUGGGACACAUCCACAUCACCAACAAGACUCUUGUUUACAUUGUCGGCCUGCAGCUGCUGACUUCCAGCCCCUUCAUGUGGCUCCUUGCACUCAGUGGACUGAUCUCAGGAGGAUUGUACCACUCCAAUGCUCUCUGGUUGCAGAAGGUCGUCUUUGUCCCUGUUUGGGUAUCUUCGGUUGGAAAGUAUAUUCUGGAGCCGCUCUUCUCCAGUUCCCAGCCCAACGAUGAGACGCCUCUGGGGAUGGGAGCCACUCUGGACAUCCAGAGGCAGCAGAGAAUGGAUCUGCUCGACCAGCAGCUGCUACUGGCCCAGUACAACGAGGCCCGGAGGAAUGUCAGGCGUCAGCCACAGGGUGGAUUGCUGCAGUGGACUAGGUUAUUUCCCUCUCUGAGACACAGAGGACAGAACAGACCUCCAGUCCAACCCCAUCCUGAGGCCCAGACACACCAGUCCACACAGCCUCCAUUACUGGAAAACUCUCCUGUUGCAGAGGAACAGGUUGCCCGGUUAGUGGAAAUGGGCUUUUCCAGAAUCGACGCCCUCGAGGCCCUCAGAGCUUCAAAUAACGACAUUAACAUGGCGACCAACUUCCUCCUGCAGCACUGAGGAGAAAGAACCGGGGGCAACAAAAGAAAGUAAAAAAAAAAAGAGAAGAGGAAUAAAGACAGCACAUGAAGCAAAAGUAAAUGGGAAAGAGAGAAAAGCUGCUGCUCCGAACCAAAGACUGGCAAUGCUGGAGAAUUGGAGAGAAGUCAAAAGAAUAUUUUAAGAGAUGAAUUGCAGGCAGCGCCUGUGCUCCCUGAAGCAGGGUUGAGCAGAGGUUACCCGAACUGAGGCCGACCGCAAAUUGGUUCAUAGAGAAGUGUGAAGCACAAGGUGAAAAGUGGCAUUGCUCUCUUACGGUCGCUAUAGAGUAAAACUGAAGGCUCUUAACAUAAUCUGAGCUCUAACUGCAACAAAUAGGCUGUCAACAACGUAAGACAUGAAGAAGAUUUUAGCUCUCUACAGACAUUUACCUAGAAAAUAUCAGCUCUAUGACAGCCUGGAGACUGACCCUUCAUAUGGACACCAUGUUAAAGCUGCAUAUAAACAAUUUUAUUUAUCCUGAUGCCACACAGUGCCGCUUUUCAAAAUGGCUACAUUGUGACUUAAAAUUUAAAUUUGUUCCUUACGCAAGUUCAAAAUGAUAGGGGGACCCACUUCGCCAGGAUUUCACCACACUGGUAUUUGUUGGCAGAGACGUAGCAGAGCUGAGCUUUUUCCUGAUUUAGAAGCAGUUAGCUUGACUCGCACUUAACUUACUGAGCCACACUUCUUCAAGCUGACUGGUUUGGCUCAGUUUUGUUGUCAUGACGCUGGUUAGACGGGCUUUGUCCGGGUCGGCGAGGCCGCUUCUUCAAUCCAACAACAUCGUAGUGGGCGGCGCAGAUGCAGAGCAGCCCGUUUCGGCUUUAUUUAUUUCGUCUUAAAGUGAGUUGUUUCCCCCCCACCUCUGUUGGCACUCUGGUUUUGAGUCAUCAGUCUUAAGGGUCUGUUGGUAUUUAUUAUGCAAUUCCAUAACGAGAAAUGUAUGGAAACUUUGCACUGCAUAGUACCUGCUCUGUGUAUUUGAACAUGGAUGCAAAAAGAUGUAAUAUUGCAGCCACUGUGUAUUGAUGUCAAAGACAGAUGCUGAUUUUAUAUUUUGUGCAUAAUGUUGAUUAUACAUACAUAAAUAUAUAUGACCAGUGAACCGAAUCUUUGGUGUUUGUGCCCUUUUUGAGAGCGAUACUGUAAUAAAUGGCAGCGAUGGACAACGUUAUGUUGUGCUGUAAUGAUUCACAUUUGAUCUGUGAAAUUUAAAAACAAACUGUUAUGAAUUUCUGUUCAUCUCGUCUUUGAUAUUCACAUACUUUUAUGUUGCUUAUAAAUAAUUUAGCCAUUUCUAAUCAUAAAGUUAGAACUGCACCGCCAUGAUCUAAAAAAAUUAGAUGUACUCUUAAACAAAUAAUUUUUUUGCUAUUUGAAGCUGAACUUCCAAGCCUCAAUUUAAAAGAAAAACACUGGGGUAAUAUUUAAUGUUUUGAAUUCUGUUUCUUUCUUGUAGGAAUCACUAAUGUUGAGUUGUCAAAUAAAUGAGCGUUUUGUUA